CCUUGAAUAUUUCCACUUGUAUUGUUCAAUCCGGAAGGAAAACAUCACAAGACGAAAAGUCAAAACCAUCAGGCGCACUAUCAUGUCUAGUCAACAGAAAACAACGAAAUUGGUUAAAAUAAGAAACGCGUGUGAGUCUAGAAAGUUUGGUGUAGGCGCAACAACCCUGAGCGAGCUCGUGAAAAAGUCUUGUCAGUUAAUGAAGAUCCCUGCCUCUGGAUCACGUGUAUGUCUAUACGAGGACGGGGCUGAACUGACGGAGGGCUAUUUUCACUGUUUACCAGUCAAUGCGGAACUAGUGCUGUUGGCCAAAGGACAACACUGGAAUGGAUUAUUCAGUGACAUUCAGCGUCUGCUGGAUCUGGACAGAUUCUCUGCCCAGUUGAUCGACGAGGCCAAGGACUUCCUCUCAGACGAGACAUCCGCCAAACGCCGCAAAAUCCUCGGCGACUUGCUCCACAACUUGAAGGACCGGUCCGAGUUUGAAGACCGAGUGGAGGACGCGGACUGGUUCCAGGGUGUUGAUAACAGAUUUAAGACCAAAUCUGCUUACAUGAAGUACAACUGUGAGAGUAGGAUUCGGGGUUAUGUGAAGGAGGUCGAUGGAUACAUUCGGACCAUUCCUGGCGCCAAACAGCAGGCAGAGUACAAGAAAGUCCUGGACAGCAUGACGACCAAGCUCAAGUCGGCCAGCUAUAACGGCUGCUACUUCGACAGGACGGAGAAGGACGCCCGGCGCCUGUGCUCCAAGGAGGGCUGGUUCUCCUGCCAGGGAGCGUUUGACGAAGAGGCGUGUGAUCUGCUGCACUCCAUCAAUCCCUACGGCACCCGUGAGAGCAGGAUCCUCUUCAGCACCUGGAACCUGGACCACAGGAUUGAGAAGAAGCGUACGAUCCUCCCGACCCUGGUGGAGGCUCUGCAGGGACGCAGCAGCAGAGGCAUUAACGUGGACUACUUUUACAAACUGCUCUUCACAGUGGACAACCUCAAACUGGUGCACAUCGUUUGUCACAAGAAGGGGGCCCAUGACCUGUCCUGCGACAGGCGGAGGAUUUACAAACAGGUGAAGAGGGUGCGGAGAUGAGGGUGGGGAGGAGCUGGGAUAUCUCAGACAGGUGAGAUGAGGAGCUGGGAUAUCUGAUAGGUGAGAUGAGGGUGGGGAGAUGAGGAGGAGCUGGGAUCUCAGACAGGCAGUGGAGUAUGUUGAAGACAGGAAGAGCUUGAUUAAAUGUCAGACAGUUAAGACUCCCAUGGCAGCUUGAUUAUGCUUUGCAGCACUGUUUGUUUUUAUCUUGUUUGGUAUUUUUUAUAAUGGAAAAUUUUAAAUAUUUUCGUACAUGAUAAAAUAAUGUAUUUUCUUACAUGAACUUGACCAGAAUUGUUAAAAUAUAUGUAUUUAACAUUUCCAUGCCAAAACUAUUCGCUCCAAUUUUUUUUUUUUUGAUCAAUUUGAAUGUGAAAGAGUUUCUUUGUACUGUAGCCUGUAAUUGUUUGCAUUAGAUCUGUCUGAUUGUUUUAGAGGGAACGGUCUGUUCCUGCCCCUUUGGUUCACCCAUGUAUUUGUUAUCGUUUCGAUUAUCCUGCCAAGGAGGUUUUCCAGGCAAACGAGCCCUGAAGUUCGUUUAUUUACUUGAAAUAAAAUCCAAUUUCCUGUGACAAGCAUGUAUGUAGUCAUAAUCUCCAUCCACGGAACCAUGUAUUGCACUGAUCAGAGUUCACAUUUUUACCAUGAAAAUACUUUUAAACCACAAACA